UCCCGCGGAGAGUGGCAGACGCUUUCGCGGCUUGCUUGACAGCGUGCGACUCCGAGGAAGCCCCUGAAGCUCGGCGACACCUGCCACUCCGGUUUUUUCCCCCUAGUUGCAUUUUAGAACGGAUUUUAACCAUUCAUUUUGGGAAGGGGCUGCGGGACGUUUGAGGAUUUCGUGAAUAUACACCUGACACGCGCGCGCAGCCCUUGCUCAGGGAAGGCGAGGGCUCCCUCUGCCCCGGCCUCUGUCCCCCCUUCCCGCCCCCACCCCUUUUGACACGCAAGAGAUCACCGGCAUCGCCGAUGGCUUCGUCCAGUCCCAGCGAUUCGAAUCCGAACUCCCAGCCGGGAGACCCCGAUCCGAAUCCAAAUCUCAGCCCUCAAGAAGAGCUGGACUUCUCGAUCUUAUUUGACUAUGACUAUACGAACCCUAUUGCAGAAGAAACGACUCCUUCACAUAAAAUCAUCAGCCCACCCUCUGGAGUUACUUACCCUCAUGAUGAUGUCUCGGAUUAUGGCCUCAAGCCGUACCCCUUCGCUUUGUCUAGCCUUUCGGCAGAUCACAUGGGCAGAUAUGGACAGCCAGAUAGCAUAGGGUCAAAAUGCUACUUGGACCCUGUCAAGGCUGCAGGUCUUGAGUUGGGCCCUAGGAUUGAGAUAACUCCAUUUUAUGAACUGACUCACUCAGGGGGUUCCUUCAGCAGCAGAGACACAGAUCUAUUGGUAGAACAUCAAUCCAGCUCAGCUACUGCUAGCCCAAGGUUUACCCUGCCUGUCCCUGGCUUUGAGAGCUACCGAGAACCGCUGUGCCUGAGCCCUCCUAGCAGUGGCUCCUCUGCAAGCUUCAUUUCAGAGACAAAUUUCUCUCCUUACACCUCACCAUGCGUUUCACCAAAUAAUGGCCCUAGUGAUGACCUUUGUCCACAGUUUCAAAACACCCAUGCUCAUUAUUCCCCUAGAACCUCGCCAAUAAUGUCCCCACAAGCAACCAUCGUGGAGGAUACCUGCUUGGGGCCACGUUCACCAUCAUCACGUCCCAACUCAAGGUCGUCGUCUCCAGGUGCAAAGCGGAGGUACCCUUGCACUGAUCACUACGGGAGUCAGCAACCUUCCACUUCUCCACGGCAAUCGAGGACCCCCUCUCCACUGGCCUCUCCCCAGGUCCCUCUGAGAGAAGACGGAUCUUCAGUCACUUACACCCAGUUGUCCACCUCCUCUAGCCUCAUGGAUGCAAUGAGCAACCUCACCACUGAUCCUUCCUGCGGAGUUCCCACAAAAAUAGGGAGAGCCAGCCCAGAUUCUUUCCUGAUGUCUUCCCACAAAGCCAGCCUGCCAUGUCAUGUGCUUCAGCCUGUCGAAUACAUUGGGUCUUGUGAACAGGAUGACCGGAGAAAUGCACCACCGGAGUCUAUCUUGUUGGUGCCGCCAUCUUGGCCAAAGCAGCUGAUGCCUGCAAUACCCAUCUGCAGCAUUCCUGUGCAGUCCCUCCCGCCACUUGAGUGGCCACUCCCGAGUCAUUCUGGUUCUUACGAACUGCGGAUUGAAGUGCAGCCAAAACCCCACCACCGCGCCCAUUACGAGACAGAAGGAAGCCGAGGGGCAGUGAAAGCACCAACCGGAGGACAUCCUGUGGUCCAGCUUCAUGGUUACAUGGACAACAAGCCCCUGGGCCUUCAGAUCUUCAUUGGGACGGCGGAUGAGCGGAUUCUUAAGCCACACGCUUUCUACCAGGUCCAUCGCAUUACGGGGAAGACAGUCACCACCACAAGCUAUGAGAAAAUCCUUGGCAACACCAAAGUGCUGGAAAUCCCCCUGGAGCCAAAAAACAACAUGAAAGCAACCAUUGACUGCGCAGGGAUUCUUAAACUGAGGAAUGCAGACAUUGAACUAAGGAAAGGAGAGACAGAUAUUGGCCGUAAGAACACUCGUGUGCGGCUGGUAUUCCGUGUGCAUAUCCCUGAAUCCAGUGGCAGAAUAAUUUCUCUGCAAGUUGCAUCGAACCCCAUUGAAUGCUCCCAACGCUCUGCCCAUGAACUUCCAAUGAUUGAAAGGCAAGAUGUGGACAGCUGCCUGGUGUAUGGUGGACAGCAGAUGAUCUUAACUGGCCAGAACUUUACCGCAGAAUCUAAGGUUGUAUUCACAGAGAAGACACCAGAUGGGCAACAGAUUUGGGAAAUGGAGGCCACGGUGGAUAAAGAUAAGAGCCAACCUAAUAUGCUUUUUGUAGAGAUACCAGAAUAUCGGAACAAGCACAUUCGUACAUCUGUUAAGGUGAACUUCUAUGUGAUCAAUGGAAAGCGGAAAAAAAGCCAGCCCCAGCAUUUUACCUACCACCCAGUGCCUUCCAUCAAAACAGAGCCCAUUGAUGACUAUGAUCCAUCUCUAAUCUGCAAUACAGUACAGAGUGGCCUGAGAACAGUAACACAGCCUUAUUAUGCACACCAUUCAAUGGUCUCCGAGUCUCCUUCCUGUCUUGUGGCUACAAUGGCGCCCUGCCAGCAGUUGCGUUCAAGCCUGUCUUCUCCUGAAUCUCAGUAUCCUCAACAAAACCCAGGGGCUGUAAUAUAUCAAAGAAGCAAGAGCCUCAGUCCCACCCACCUAGGCUACCAGCAGUCUGGCUUGAUGGCUGCACAACUUUCCAUCCCGGAUGUUCACAGAUCAGUGCUGGUUCACACAGGCUCUCCCAGCCAAAGCUCAGCAGUGCUCCAUCCUUCUCCAGCCAAUCAGCAACCUUCCCCUGUGAUCCACUGCUCUCCCACAACCAAUCAGCAGCUGCGGUGUGAAAGCCAUCAAGAAUUUCAGCACAUCAUGUGUAGUGAAAAUUUCACUACCAGUGGAGCAAGACCUAGUCAACCUCAGGUCAGCCAAGCACAAAGGUUAAGCCCAAAUUCUUACCCAACCGUGAUUCAGCAGCAGAGAACAGCCAAAAAUGGACCACCAGUAAGUGAUCAGAAGGAAGCAGUGCCAACUGGAGUCACGGUCAAACAGGAACAGAACCUUGACCAGGCCUACUUGGAUGAUGAGCUGAUAGAUACACACCUUAGCUGGAUACAAAACAUUAUUUGAAACAGAAUGACUGUGCUUUUUUGAUCCAAGCAAUCAAAAUCCAAGUUAACGAAAUUAUCAGGAAAGAGUUUUCUGGACUCCCUGCCAGAAGUCAGACAUAGAAGAAGAGAUUUGCAAGACAACUUUUACUGAAUGCCUCCGUAGCUGACCUCUUAGAUUCUUCUCCUGCCCUGUCAGCCUCCUGCUUCCUUAACUGAUCAUCUCAAGGCACCGGUUCAACACCAGGAACAAUGCACUGGCAUCAAACUGACAGCUUUGACUAAGCCAUUCGGCACCUCUCCCUGUAAACAUCAAAAAGAACACUCUUCCUUUUGUCCAAAGAUCAUGUUGUUCUCAUGUAGCAAUGUGUGUAUCUGACACAACUGAUUAAUACAACUACAGAGACAUACACACACACAGUGGAAAGAGCUAUUCAACAGAAGAAACCAAGGAGAAGGUAUAAGCCCAGAAACCUGUAAAGUAAAGUAGGAUUAUAUGUGUGCCAUGUACACCAGAUGAAUUGCAAAAGUUGCAAAACAAUGAGCAACAUUUCUGGAAUAAUGAGAUUCACCUGAUCACCACUUAAUUGAUAAGAUCGCACAUAAACAGACCAUAUAAUGCACAAGUAUGAAAAAGCAUAAAAACCAUAAGGGAACCAAUCUAUGCAUGUAGUAUGGCUUUUGUUCCUAACAGAAGUACAGUCAUUGCUCUGUAAAGUGAUUUAGGGGGUUUCAAAAGCAAUUUGCCAUGUAGCACAGGAGGGCUGCUGUAAUGGAAAAAGGAGAAAAGGCACACUGUGUGGGCACAAGUGCUUGCAAAUUUGUAAAGCAGCUCUUGGGACUGUAGCUUUACCAUACUGUUGCUUGGAUCUCAGAAUGCACUGAAGCCAUGUAUUAAUUGCUUUGCACUAGAAAGAAAACUAAAGCACAGUCCAGCCAGAAAAAGAAUGCUGAAGGCCCAUUAAUUUCAGUGGAAAAGAUCUGAUUGUUUAAAGCAUCAUUUACUUGGGACUUGGCUGGAGUGUGCUCCAAUUUUCUAUUAAUACCUUGGAUUCAGUACUCAAAAGGACCAAACCAAUAUUUCUUUAAGUCCCAGCCUUAUAAAUGUUCUUCAUAUGUUUUAAUUAUCUCAACCUAAAAGAAAAUUGCACCCAUAUUUUUACAGUGGGAUGUCUGUAAAUCCAUUGCAUCUCAAAAUUAACAGUAGAAAUCACAGGUUAACCUAAAACAUGCCACAAUUUUAUUCGUAGGAAAUGUGUGACUUAAUGGGCUGAACCAUGAAUGGAUUCCUGCCCAGGUGUUCAUUAACAGUGGUGGAUUUUUUUUUUCCAACGAAGAAUGUUUAAAUUUCCUAGGAAGGAUUAUUACUGAUGUGUGCUCAGCAUGCAGAUCGGUUUCUCUAAUAUUUCUGUUAUAAGGAGAUUCCACAGCAUUUUGGGACUCCCUUGCACCCCUUGUAUUUUAGCCAAUCUGCUUUCUCAGCUACUUAUUCUAGCACAAUAUUGGAAACCAAGAGUUAGUGUGCACACUUAGGACAGCCACGUGGUACAGAAUUCCUGGAACCUCAUCCUUUUUGACUGUAGAUUUCGAUUUUGAAUGUUUCUCCACAACAUUUCCCUGCCCGUGGAUAAAGGGUAUGUCAGCAGAAGGAUGCUACGAGAGUCUGAUAGCUUUUAUUUUGUUUUUGCUUCAAACAGUGGGGCAUUUGAACAUGCUGUUUCCCAUAAGCAGAAUGAGAUUCCAGUCCCAAGAAUUCUGUACCACAUGAUUUAGCUGCAUGUGUAGAUUGAAUCAAAUACUUUCAGUCAAAUAGAGCUGCUUAAAGCAUUGUAAAAUUACUGACUAGUUGCAUCCAGAUUAAUGCUGGAUCAAAUCGCUGGGGGAAGUGGACUUUGUUGUUCCCUCUUUCUCAUGGCAGUCUCUGCAGCUUCCUGAGGAUACCAUACUGAUGAAUGAGGCAAGUUGUGGUAUAGAAUACCCCCAAAAAUCUUGCACGGGAAGCUUCAGCAAGCAGGACCCUUCCUCUUAUAGGGGGAAGAUCCAACCUAAACAGUUGGAUUCUCCCCACAAUUCUUGAGGUACAGAAGAGAAGGAAGUAUCUGGUCAAAUUCUCUGGCCACCGAAACAGUAUUCAGAAGGAAGACAAGUAACUACAGUCCAUAGCUCCAUUUCUAAUUUUCGAUUGUUCCAACUCAGUGGAUUUGUAGUGGCCUUCUCAGCAACUUCCUUUUCAUACUGUGGGACUUGUGUUUCCCAGCAUGCCAAUGUGUAUAGGGGCACAGAAAGGGGGACCACUUCAUCUGCAUGGAUACAUUUGUGCAUUACUGGUAAUAGCUAGAUUUCGAAAGUUAGAUGAGCAAGUUGUAAGUAAACAGACCUUUGCAAAAUUUGAUAAGAGUUAAAUUUCCCAUCAAAGGCUUUUACAUUUGAUCAAGUUGAUCUGCUUUUAGAGUGAUAUCGCACAGAAGCUUUGUUCUUGGGAUGUAGGAACAAAAUGAAAACUCGUUUUGGCAAGUCAAUUUCAUAUGCCAAACUAGCAAGGGAGAAUGCUUUCAGAGAGUCUGCCACUGAAAAAAGGCAAGCCCUGCCUCCAGAGUCAAGUAUGUAGCAUUUCACCAGCUUAAAACGCCGUACUGGCAGCUUUGUGUGACUCAGAUCCUUGCCCAUCAUUACAUCAGCUAAGCAUAAUUCCUGAUACAUAGUUAGAAUAUAUGGUGCCGGUGACUAUGAAUCACAGUUGAAGUUAAUGUGGGUAAUACCAGAAAUCUGUAGUUAAUCUCAUGCUCUCUUCUUUGCAAUACGACAGUUUUCCUGACUUUGUAAAAAAAUAGAAAAAGAAAAAAAGCUAUAUAUGGAAAAUGAAAUAUAUUGUUGCAUACAGCAGGAUAAUAUAAGGGCUAAUAAUAACAUUAUAACAGAAAAGUAGUAAAUAAGCAUUUUGCUAACAUGAUAUCAGGAGCUUUAAGAAUUCUUAUGAAAAUUUAUCAAAGUGAAGGACUUGUCUGAGGAAGGUGAAGUCAACAAACAUCUCUGCUCAUCUGCUCAUUUAUAUUUAAAUAUUACCAUGACAGAACAGUUAAAACUCAGGGGAAGGUCGACACAACUUUAGGCUGUCUCUACAAAAGUAAUGCAUUUCCUCACAAGCUUAAAAAGGGGCAUUUUCCAGGCAAUGAAACAGUUGCCUGCCCAUUCUUUUCAUGUAUGUUAAACAGGCUUGAUGGUAGGAUUGCAACCUAGAGAGUUUCCCUUUAUCUAUAAAUCCUUAUAAAUCCUUUUACCUUUAAAGCUGACUUGGAAGAUAGGACAGUCAUGACUUCUGCCAUCCACUUCCCACCACCACUGUCUUUUCCCCACACUUUCCCCUGCUUGGCAUUAGAUGGAGGACUCCAAGAAGACCUCAGAGUAGAUGAGGGAAGGCAGGAGAGAAUGAAAAGACAGGGACAGAAAAAGGCAGAAGCAGAUAUAAAUAUUUUAAACGACCCAGAGAUCUUCAGCUAUAGGGGAAUUCCCCAGGUUGCAAACUAGAAAUCUGACUGGAGGCUAGGACCGAUGAUUCUCAAUUUCACUUGAAAUUAUCCUUUGAAAUCAAUUAUGCAAUAUUCAUUUCAGCAACAGGCCCCUGUCUUGCUAUAUAAAGUACAUCUUGGGGUCAUUUUCAUAUGGAGUAAUAUAUUAGAAAAACAUCCUGUUGUUUUGACCUUUUUCUUUUCUUUUUCCUUUAUAGCCAUUGUUGUUCUUCACUUUUAAAAAGUUGUUUCUUUUGACUUGUUAUAGAUAAGCCAACAUAGCAUGCUGAAAAAUGUAAAGAUGUAGUGCAACUUAGGCAUAGCACUAAGCACCAAAAACAACAGCAACAUAAACCAAACCCUUGGGAACUUUAUAGUGCUUUUGGACGUUCAUGUUGAAUAAGCCAAAAGGGACAUGUACACUUGUGAUCAAGUUUAUACAGUAAGAGGACUAGACUGCAUAUUUAGUAGGUGACGUUUCAAAAGGAAAUUUGGUAUGGUGGUUUGCUGUUUGAGACAGACAAGCACAAAGCUCCCUUGGAAAAGCAGAACUAGUUAUUUAUUUAUUUGGAUCCCACCCAAUAUUUAUUGGGCACUUAAAAAAGGAAAUAUUGCAAAAUGACUAAAUGACAAUAACAGAUAUGACACUACCUAUAAUUUUACAGUCUACUCUUGUAUUCCCAAACUGCUUAUUUCUAGGGAAGCCCCAGUUACCAAACAUGCUUGAGGUUUACAUUUGAAUUCUCCAAAGAUUAUACCUAAGUUCCAAAAUAAGUGCAGCUACAAGUCAACUUUAAUCCAAGGAUUCUGACUCUUGAUUUUUAGAUGAUGGAGUUUGAUCAUCUUUGCUCUGUUUCACUUUAAAAUUACCUGUUGAAAGUGCUACAUUAAAAUCACAUUUCCAUUCAAGCAGGGCAGCUUAAUGUUUGGUUUGCCCUGUUUUCAAAGAUCUUGGGUCCCUACUCUUUCCUUUUCUCUCACCAUCAGGUCCAUGCCUCCUUUUCUCUUUACUGAACAUGCUGCCUCUGAAGAAUUCAUAGCUUGGUCUGCAUUCUUGUAGGGGCAUCCUGUCAGUGUAUCAUUGCUUGGGAACAUAAUUCCCAAGUAGGUGACAAGCCCAGAACUUCAGCACCUGCUGAUGCAAUCAUUUGAUUAACUGUUCUCAUGAACUUUGUCUUUAAAAAUACAGAAACAUAAAAUGCCAUCACAAUGUCCUUUACUCUCACUACCAUGUCCCAUGAAGAUGAAAGACCAAUGAAUUAUAGUCCUAUUAGUUUGUUUAGUGCUUCCUUGGAAAGAAAUGAGAAGGAGAUUCCUAGGUACAGUGCAAAGUCCUCCUUUCUGGCUGGGUUAUAAUUUCAUAUAAUACAUGUAUAGUAUAGACUUCAUGUUAAGAAAACUAUAAAGAAAAGGAAGGCUGGCUAUGUGAAAGCAAAAUAUCUCACUGUAACUGCUUUCGAAUAUUUUGCAAUUGUUUGUUAGUAGCAAAGCCUUAACCCGAGGUGUGUGUGUGUGUGUGUGUGUGUGUGUGUAUUUCUGAAACAAAGAAGUUCUUUUAGAAGCAGUUACAUAAAUCUCUCUCUUUAUGCUAGUCUAAGGCAGCAGCAUAGGCAAAUCUGAAAUCAUCCAUGUACUAAAUUAUUGUCAUCGUUGUUUUGUUGUUGUUGUUAUUGGUUCUGCAAUAGUAUUACAGUAUUAAUGUUUGUAAUGUUGAAGCAAGGCUUUUGCAGGGACCGGGGACAGGUCUAGGGUAAUAUCAGGUUCACCUUGGACAAGUUAAUUGCCUUGUAUGAGUAAUUUGUUCUCAGCUUAUCUGGAAGACAGCCAUAGCUGCAUAUGAGGAAAUUCUGUCUUUCCUCGGUUAUCUGAAUCUUUCACUACAGUGCCUUCCUGCCAUUGUACCAAAAGUCCUUCCACGGCAUUGUCUGUAGGGUGAAAAACUAAUGCAUUUUCCAUCAAUGUUAUACUGUGCUAAAAUAUAAGCAACAUCUUGUAAUCCAAAGAUCAUCUCUCUCUCUCUCUCUCCCCCCCUCCCCCUGCUUUUUUUCUUCAACUUCCACUUUUCUAUCACAGCUUUGCAAAUUGCAGGAUGAGCUCUAUAAACUUUUGCACCAAAUAGACAAUAUAGAGAAAAUGAAACCAUCCAUCUUAACAUGUAAACAAUCAGAGGGUAUUUGGACAGAAGGCUGAUGUUAGGAAGGGUCUUUCCUCAUUUUUGAAAGUAUCUUGGAAGUAGAGAAUGUUAAAGGUGAACCAGCGUGAAGGAAAUUUGUAAUUGAAAUGGUCACAUUUUAAUUACAAAGUAACUCUUUCUUCCCUUUUACUUCUAUUUUGUUUUGACCAUAAUAAAAUCAUCUGGAUUUCAGUGGUAAUAAGAAGAAGUGUCUGUUGGAUGUGUUUGUAGUGGCAUAAAGAAUGUUGAAUAGUCGUGGUUUGCACUCAGUUGAUACUGCCUGUAGGCACAAUCCAGCCAAAGCAAAGCACUUUUCUCUCUACCUUUUGCUAGAUAAUAUGUUAAUGUAAUAAAUAUGUAAUAUAGAUUACACAAAGCCAUUGAUUCCAGAAAGCAGGAAGGAGUUAAUUGUGUGCCUCACUCAUCAAGCAGAGUGACUGACACUUGGAAAAAUGCUUAGGCUUGACUUGAUUGUGCCCCUUGUAAAUAUGCGUCUUUUCUAUUUUCUUGUUGGAAUACAUUGCAUUCUAAAUGUAGAUUAUUUUCAAAGACAGCACUAGGUUAUUGUGUUUUUUUAAAAAAGCUGCUUCUUGAUUAUGUAUCUCAAAUAGUUCUUGAAAUUAGUUAGCACAAUGUAUUUUGGGGAAAAUAUAUAUAUUGUACUAUAAGAUCUUUUUAAAAGAAGAAGUUGUCUACUAUGCUUUUUAACUCCCACAGGUAAUGUCAGCUUCUCCAGGCUGGUAUUUAUAAAUAGUCAGUUUUGCAUUUUUAGCUCCAAUUUUAAUAAGUGCUCUUACUUGGAAGUACGUACUUUUGAAAUCAAUGGGUGUGGCACUGCAGAGAACAGGGUGUGAAACAGCUCUGCUGGGGCUCCAUGAAGAUCCCCAAGCCUGACCACUUGCCCCCACUCAUGGCCUUCCAAUGAAUUAAGCAGGGGAUAACAGACCUUCUACAAGGCCCCUUCAAUUCUGUGAUUCUAUGAAAUCCUUAAAAGUACUCCCAUAGACUCAGAAUGUAUUUUACCAUUUAUGGAUACAUUAGCGGCUAUUUGGUAUGACCCAGAAAUCCAUAUAUCUACAUUUACAUUUCUGCUUGACUCAUUGACAUUUUAAGUACAGCAUAAAGGAACUAUUUGCUCCAUUGAAUGUUUCACUUGAAAUUGCAAAUUACCAUUAUCUGCUUCAGUGACAAAUCAAUAAUCUCUCUUUGCCAGUUAUAAUUUUGUUUAGCUGUUUCUACUUCCUUGUGUAUAAUAAGUGUAACAAUUAAAAAACAGCAACCUCAUUAGUAUUUUCAGGUAUUGGACAGAUUGUAAAAUGAAGGUGCUAGCAGCAAUUGUACAAUCUCAUGUAGACCAAAGUGAAUGGAAUAUAUAGUCAUUAUGCCAAAUGCCUCAAAAUGCCCUUGUGUGUGAUCUGUGAGAAUCUUGACAAUCCUAGCAUUCUUUAAAAAAAAUAGUUCUUAGUCCUCAUUCUUACAAAGAUGGGUAUCUGAUUACAAAAAUGCUUAGGAAGGAGAAAAGCAAUAGGACAGAUACAUUGAUUGUUUAAACUUUCCAAGAUUUUCAAAGUGUUAACUCAGGUCUGUCACAUGUGACGAUAAAGAGGAUCAGAAGUAUAUUGUAAAACAGCCUGUACAAUGGGUGCCUUUCAUGUUCAAGAAGAGGAUAUGCAAAUUGUAUUCUGCAAGCCACUAAUACAUACUAAUUAGCAAUAGCCUUCCAGCUUAUGAUGAAUUUAUUCGGAUCCUUUACAGAUCAAGUUGGCUAUUCCUAAUAUGGGCUGCCAUCAUAUGAGGGACAAGAGUUUGGUUGUGUGCUGCAUCAGAUUGAAAGCUACGGUUACUGAAUUUAAUUGAAUUUAUUUGCACUAAUUUGUAUGUGUGUUCAUCUCAAAUCAUUCCAAACUUGAUCCAGCAGAGCUGGAGGACUUUAGAUGAUUACUUUCUGUGUCCUCAAACUGCCAGUUAUAAAUCAAGAAUAACUACAGUGAGCACCAAGAAAUAAAGUGUAAUGACCCGGCUUUUGUUCAGUAGUAGAAGACUCCACAGUUAAUGUAUACAUAACAGAUGUUUCCCAGAGUGGAGAUGAAGCAUUGAGCACUGGGAUAUCAACAGCUAUUAGAUAUUAACUUUGCACCAUUGAAACCAGCUGCUGGAAGCAACCGUGAGGAAAGGCUGUCCUAUCCUCGUGAGCUUCCCAGAGAGGGGUUGGCUGAUCCAACAAAAUAAUGGACCAGAAAGCCCUAGGAUCUAACCCAGCAGGGCUUUUCUUAAGGGAUACCAACGAUUUUUAUUUCUUACCUGUCUAAGCCAAAUGAAAGUGAUCAGAUUGUAUGCUUGGUUUAAAGAUGGCUGUCUCCCACUUUCUGCUUGCCUUCAACAUUCCCAGAUAAAACAAUUAAAAUGAAACCUCUGUUUUGGCAUCAUCUGUGGAGGAACAAUUCAACAUGGAGAAGAAAGACUCUUUGGAUUACAUGGAAAUUGCUAUGAGUGUAUGUGGGGUGGGGGGAGAGUACCUCCAGGUGCUCCGAGGUAAAUAUCUAGUCUAUAUUUGCAGCUAGCCAUGUAUAUGUCCUGCAUCAUCAACAAAAAGACACCAAACGGAAAGCAGCUUUUUAAUUGCUUUUUUAUAGUUAUGUAUUUUAAAUAAAACUGCUUGUUCAAAAUUUCUGUAGCUUAAAAUAAAAAAAAAACUGAAUGGGAGCUUGUAUCUGUUAUAAUCCCCCAUGUAAUGUUUUAAUCUCCAGUUUAAUUGUGAUUUUACUUUUUUUGUAAAAUAUUUUUAUACAGCUUGUAUUACUGUAGUCUAGCAAUAAAUCAAAGGGCAACAA